AUGACUUGUAAAAAAUCAUCUAUUGGGUAUGUAGCAAUUUUGGGAAAAAGCAAUAUUUCAAAAGUGGUCAUGCAUAACCUUACCGUAAAGAAACCUCAUGUAUAUGAAGAAUGGAAUCAGUCAUUCAGUGAAAGGGAAAUUUUUAACAAACAAAUGGUUAGUCACACAGGCGAGAAAUCUCAUAUCUGUGCAGUAUGUGAGAAAUCAUUUAGUGUAAAGUCUAGGUUAAUCAUGCAUAUGUUUGUUCACACUGGAGAGAAACCUCAUAUGUGUGAAAUAUGUAAAAGGUCAUUUACUUAUAAGAAAUCCUUAAACAUGCAUAUGCUUAUUCACACAGGAGAGAAACCUUAUGUUUGUGAAGUAUGUAAAAGCUCACUUAGUAAUAGGUGUACUUUAAGGAGGCAUAUGCUUAUUCACACAGGAGAGAAACCUUAUGUUUGUGAAGUAUGUAAAAGAUCACUUAGUCAUAAGAGUACUUUAAACCAGCAUAUGCUUAUUCACACAGGAGAGAAACCUUAUGUUUGUGAAGUAUGUAAAAGGUCAUUUAGUUUUAAGAGUUCUUUAAACGUGCAUAUGCUUACUCACACAGGAGAGAAACCUUUUGUUUGUGAAGUAUGUAACAUGUCAUUUAGGGUAAAGAAUAAAUUAAACAGGCAUAUAUUAAUUCACACAGGAGAGAAACCUCAUAUUUGUCAAAUGUGUAAGAAGUCAUUUAAUCGAAGGGAUAAACUGAAUAAGCAUGUGCUUAUUCACAGAAAAGAGAAACCUUAUACACAUAAGGUUUAUACAUGUGAAAUAUGCAAGAUAUCAUUUUAUCAAAAAGAUAAUUUAAAUGAUCAUAUGCUUAUUCACACUGAAGAGAAACCUCAAAUGUGUGAUCAAAAGCGUGCCUUAGGCCUGCAUAUGCUUACUCAUACAACAGAAGCAGAGAAUCCUCAUGCGUGUGCAAGGUGA